AUGCCGAUGACAACCGACCCUGGAGGGGGUCUGGGACAAUCCCAGGACGCAAUCUACAAUGCAGCCGUCGCGUGUAGAGACUUGUUCGACUCAACGAUCAAUCAGAUCAUGUCUGGUAAACGGCCUUUGAAAGAACUCCAGCAGCGGUUUUGGCUAUGGUCAAACAAUUCCGGCGUGUUUGCAGAACCCUUUAUCUCGCUUGAUGCUCGCCUACAAGAACAUGAAGAGCCUCGGGCCAUGAUACUGAGGUUGCUGGGAUUGAUUCAAAAGAAUCUGGAAGCCAGUAAGUGGAAACUCGGAGACCUCAGGAAUUGCACAGUUUCGAGGCUGAAAUAUCAUGGAUCAACCACAGUGACACGACUUGACGAAGAAUUUCAUCGAGAUGAAACCAACCGAGGACCUGAAGAACAGCUUGAACGAUCCCAGGCCUGGUCAGUAGUCGAUGGCGAACCAAUGACCGAGAACAAUCAUUUACAGGGAUCAAUCUUCGGAAUAUCUGGUGCUCUCGAAAGGUUAACUCGGCUGUCUGUGUUGAUAUCUAAAGCGUCGCAAAACAACAGAUCAGCUCGAGUCGAGGCGUUCAGGGAGAAAAGAAAGAUGGACUUCGCUGGUUUUGAAGAGCUCACGAACUUGAUUAUCAAGAAGAAAUAUCCGAUGAUAUCCGACUCCCUCAGGUUACAACUGACGAGAUCAAUUGUCUACCGCAGACAGAGCAUCGUGUAUCACCAGCAUCGGGAGGCCAAGUAUCAGAGGGAGCGGACAAAGAACGAAACAGCGACCAAGCACAACACACCCGGAGAGCCGAUGCUGGGGACAAGACCAAUGCAGCCCACGCAGGCUGCCGCACAGAAUCAUCAGGAAAAGAGCAAUUUCACUGGUUUUACACCUUUAGAUGGUUCUGAAUUCAACCGGCAAAACGUUGCUCUUGGACAAUCCAAGACGGAAAGCACAGCUUCUGUGGGUGCUGCAGAUGUCUGUUACCCACGACCGCCUCGUCCCAAGGAUGAAUCAGUCGGAUACAUUGACUGUCGUUACUGCUCCAAGAAAGUCGAACGACGGAUCUUCGGUACCCCCUCUUUGUGGAGGAAGCAUGUUGAUGAGGAUCUGAAGCCGUUCUUUUGCGUGUCCGAGCAGUGCGCCGAUCCAGCUGUCGGAUUCUCAAAGUACUCUUCGUGGCGCAAACACAUGGAAGAGGAACACGGCACCAACUGGAUACAAUACAAUCAUGACCUGCCUCCUCUCGAGAGCAAGUCCAAAAAAGCGCCGGACCAUGAGAGCUCCAUCUGCCCACUUUGCCAAACACCAGGGGACAGACUGGAAGAUGAAAAAACCAGGACCAAGAUCAAGCACGAACUCCCACAAAGCACCGCACUUGCUUCCGCACCAAAAGGUUCUAGUCCACGAAAGAACACUGAUCGCCGAGUUCAUUUCGGAGACGAGCCACAGCUCGGUGGCUACGAAGAAAGGGUUUCCCUCGUCGACGAGCCUGCAUACAGUUCGGGUGGUCUCGAUGUUGCGCAGAAAAUGUUGUCCAGGCACAUGGCGGCACACCUACAGACUCUAUGUUUCCAGACCCUCGAAGUUGGCCUAGCCGAUGGAGACAUCUCCAACAAUUCCGAGCAUGGAAGCGAAAGUCUGAGAACAGAUACAGAAUCUUCUGGCGGUUUUGAUCGAGACUCCUCCAACCUGAGCAAUGUCUCACUUCCCUUCAACGAGGACUCUGACCAUCUCACUACCGCAACAGACACCCCUAAUGCAUUUGAUCGACUACGUAUCGGAAGUCUGAAGUCAGAUAACGACGGUCCGUUUGUUGGUGAUUGGCUUCGGAACUUGGACGAAGUCUCCAUCUCUGCUUCCGAGGGCUUUGAUCGUCCUCAUUCCAGAGAGGGUGAUGAUAUUGUCUCUCAUGAAACGCCAGCUGAGGAUAUGCGCCCACGUUCCCCUGAAAACCAUUUCCCAGGUCUUGAGAAUCCAGACAUCACGAUGCUGUCUGUUCUCGGGAGUGAGAAAGGCGAAGUCCUCUGGAAUUUGAUUAACGAUCGGCUUGUAUCAGGGAGCAAUGGCCAGCCAUUCCUUCCUUUGGACGAUCUCGGGAACCUCAUUUCCGUGCCGAACGUGCGACAAGCAUUGAAAAGUCUCAACAUCUACAGCGACCUUGAGGUGGACAAGUACGUCAACGAUGUAUGCAACACGACGCGUAUUGGUAACAGUCAGAAAACAUCGAGGAAGAAAAUUUUCGCCAUCUUGGUUAUGAUUGACCACGUUGGAGCACUUCUCAGCUUCAUUUCAGAGGACUUGUACGACGUUCACCUCCCUCUUGAACUUGAACGAAGACGCGAAAACCGUAACAGAAAACCCGUUUUGUUUUCUAAAUCUACUCCAAAUGGGGUCAUUGUCCGCGUUGAAGGGAGUUGCAGUUGGCAACCCGGCAAGAUGCGGGAAUUCAACGAAAAACAAUGGCGGGUUAUGUCUCCAUUCUUCGACAUGCAAUCGGACAAGCCCCAUUUGUAUAGCCUCGAUGUUCGAACUAUCCUUCCCAUUCUCGAAAAAGAUGAUAAAAUCAAAGCCGAAUUUUUUACAAGCAGUGGCAGGAUAAAGACAAGCAGUGUCAGGAUAAAGAUUCAUCCUGCGCAUCACAACUACCCGCAGUCUACAAAUUCUCAUUUCAUCACAGAACAGUUGCAUGGUCCAGAUGAACCCUUGGCUGAUCGAGAGCUGCAAGCCCUACAAGAGUUAGGUCGUCAAGACCAAAAGCACUUGCUAAGACUCCUUGCAGCCUACCAGAUGACUCCUGGAGGAUGUUAUUUCGUGUAUCUCUGUUCCGACGGCAAUCUGCAAGACUUUUGGAAACAGUUUCCAGAGCCAAAACCAGACCAUUCUCUUAUCAGUUGGUUGGCUGAACAGGCUGCUGGAGUCGCAUCGAGUCUUGACUUUGUUCUCAAUCAGCCUACCAUUUUGGGCGUUUCGGGACAGAGUUCGAUGCAUGGCAGACGUGUCCAAGUGACCCCAAACAACGUACUCUGGUUUCGAGACAAAACCACAGACGAGGGCAUUGCUCAAGGCGGAAUACUCCAGAUUAAAGACUUCGAUGCGGAAGUUCGUGGAGUCUCGGUGACGUACAGAGGCCCGGAGUACGACGUAGCAGGCGAGGAAAUCUCUCAAGCUUUCGAGAUUUGGCACCUGGGAUGCUUGCUACUGCUGUUUAUUUUAUGGUAUCUCGAGGGUCAAAAAGGGGUUGACAGCUUCACUGAUGCUCGGCUUGCCGAUGAGAGAGUCGAUGAAGUCAUACGAUCGGACAUAUUCUUCACAGUCUCAGUAAAGCACGGGACAAAGGUGGCUGAUCUCAAGCCCUCUGUCAAAAAUUGUAUCCAGCGGCUACAUCGACAUCCUGAAUGCUCUCUAUUACUCCAUAAUAUGGUCGACUACAUAUCGAACCGGUUGCUGUGUUUAGAACCCAAGGAAAGAGACAAACCUUCCGAGGUUGUCAACAAACUCACAGAAAUGGCGGAACGUUGCAAAGCGGAUAGGGUAUAUGCCUGCCAAGGUUGUCCUAGACCCCAAAGCAAAACCGAAACCGUCCUGACAGAUAUCGGGGCCGGCCAGCCAAAAGAUGAUCGACUUUCAUCUCAUGCACUGUCACAGAAUUCUGUUAAAGGGGAAGAAUAUUCAAUGGACUUGGAUGAAGCCCCUGAUAGAGACCAGCCCGGUCGAGGCGUGGGGCAGGAUAAGAACGGCGAUGAUGCUGAUGACGACGAGAUUGAAAAUGCUUGGGUCUGGAAACGUCAACGAUCCGACAAGGCCAACAUAACUCUAGCUUGUCCGUUCUAUAAAAAGGACCGCCAGCUCCACGGGAGCUGUUAUGGGAAGAGGCUGAGCCGGAUCCGUGACGUUAAGCAGCACUUGAGGAGGAGGCACUACAUGCCUAUCUACUGUCCUAUGUGCUACAAGAACUUCUCAGACGAGACGAAGAGGGAUAACCACAUGCGUGAGAUAGCUUGCGAAAGGGGAACUCAUCUAGGUCCUAUUGGCAUCAGCCAGGAACAGCAAGGUGAGCUCAGCAAGAGGGCACCGAGGCAACAUACAGAGGAAGAACAGUGGUACGGCAUCUUCGACAUCCUCUUCCCGGACCACCCCCGGCCGAACUCAGCCUACAUUGACUCCAGCGUGAUAACCGACGUCCUGGAACUUGGUGGAAAGGGAGAAGAGCAUUUGACUACAGAAACUCUGUCUCAUUCAAAGGGUCAAGGCGCCAUGAAGAGGGGGCUUGAUAGCUCGCCUUCUGCUGCAGCAUCAGAUACGGAAAUGUCGAGUACUGCCUUUGUGUCUCCACCUUCGUUGCCGGCAGAUACGAAAAGAAGGAAAACACAGCCAGGAGAAGGUUCAUGA